AUGAUAGCAAAGCAAAAGAAACUUCAUACUAUCGGUGAAGAAUUAAUGAAACCAUGUGUCCUUAAAGCCACGCAGAUAAUUUUAGGAGAAGAUGCAGAGCAAAAAAUGAAGUCUACUUCUCUUUCGAAUAACACAGUCAACCGUAGAGUCGUUGACAUUGCAGCAGACAUAAAGUCACAAAUAACUAAAAAAGUAAAAUUAUCGCCAUUUUUCGCCAUUAGUUGCAAUAAAUCCACCGACAUCGUUAAUUGUGCACAGUCAAUAGUUUAUGUUCGUUACAUCGGCGUAGAUAUCAUUCAAGAAGAGAUUUUGUACUCCCAAUCUUUGACAGCAGGUACUACAUCUGAAGAUACAGAAACUCAUUGGACUUUGCACAGAUGGCGCACCUACAAUGAUAGAUGUACGAUCAGGCUCAGCUAA